CAUUUUAUUCCUCCUUCUUCACUCCCUCCAUAAUUCUCAUAGAUGCAGAAAUUGAAAAUGGGUAAGCAAAGUAAACCAAAAAGAGCAGAAAAUAUAGGCAAAGGAAAAGUAACUCCUGUCCAAAUUGCUUUCAUCGUUGAUCGUUACCUCUCCGAUAACCAUUUCAAUGAAACUAGAUCCACCUUCCGCUCUGAAGCUUCUCAUCUACUCUCUAAAUCUCCUAUCAAUGAGGCGCCGAGGAGUUUAUUGAGUUUAGGAGCAAUGCUGGAUGAGUACAUAUGUUUGAAAGAGCAGAGGGUGUUUCUGGAGCAAGAAAAAGCUCAUGUUCGGAAUUUGCUAAGGGGAAUGCAAGAAGUUGUGAACGGUUAUAAUGCACGGGCAAAUCCAACGCCGCCUCCAACAAUUCCUGGUUCUUCAACGCCCCAAUCAGGCACUUUGCUCCAACAGACUAAUGGGGUUUCCCCCAUUUCAGAAGGUUAUUGUUCUGCAUACACUAGUCCAGUUCUUAUGUCAGCAUCAAUACCUUCCAAUACUGCUGCUGAUGCCAUGAAAUUUUCUACUCCAAAUUCCAUCCCAACAACUUCAAAAAGAAAAGGGUCCAAGGAUGUUUCAGAUGCUUCAACAGCUGCGAAGAAAUCUCGUACACAGUCACCCACCAAUCAGUUGACACUUAAGGGUGCUAGUACAAUGCCACAAGAUGAUAAUUAUAACAAUAUUUUGAAGAGCUCUGCAGUUCAGUUGCCAGUCCAAGGAUCUAACAACCCCAAGUUUUUGUCUGACCACCCCGUUCAGUCCCUUCUAACUAAUUAUUCUGACCCUAAGACACCUCCAAUAGAAUCUUCAUCCCAAACUGACAAAUCUAUCUCUCCAUUUGAAAUUUGUUCAACAGCAACUUCCAUCAAAGAAGCUACUCCCUCUCAUCUCAUGUCGACUAACCACAUGAUAAUCUCUUCAGAGACAAUUCGAGUGACCCCUACUAAACAAAUAGCAUACUAUUCUAUAGAAAGAAAUCACUGUGUUUCGACUUCCUCACCAGUUAAAACAAACUUGAAAAGGUCUGUGAAGAGAGAUCAAGUAAAAGGUAGGUUAGAUUUUGAUGCAUCGGACAUUCCAAGUAGUUCAGAGGUACCACAAGUUCCCGACAGGAUUUCAACGUCUGAUUCUGAGAAGGAAGGAGAUAUUUUUGACUUGGAUUUACCUAACUUUGAUCUUCUGGGUGCGGAUUUUAAUCUUUCUGAGCUGCUGUAUCAUUUCGACAUUGAUGGACAAGGGAUUGAUCAUUCUUGCCAGGACAAACUGGACUUUUCUCCAGAUACAAUUUCAGGGUCACCAUAUGAGUCUGGAAAUGUCAACAUUGAUGCAAACCAAAUAGCAUCACAGAUUUCGUCAACAGUAACCGAAGUCUUUUCAGAGAAAGAAACAAGUUUACUAGGUUCAGAUACUGUGAAAACUGUGAAAUCGGUUACCAAACGUAUCCAACUUUUAAGUCCCGGUAAGUGGUAUUGUCGCUUCAUUUUAACAUUAUUCUUUAUUGUGUACAAAGUGCUAAUAGAGGACAUAACACUAAUCGAUUCUGUAUCAUUUACAUCUGCAGUUAAGAGUAACAGAAGCUCGAGACAUUAGA